AUGAAUCUAGCCAUCAGAAGGCUUCUUCCACACAAGACAUCUUCAGUAGUUCGAUAUUAUUCAUCAGCUGAGAUCGAUGUAGAACAGAGGAAGCAGAACAAAAAGGAUAAAAAUGAAGUUGAGGCGGAAAUCUUGGAGAAGUCUAAGUAUCCACCCGUGCCAUUGUCUCCAGCGAUGGAACGGAGAGCCAAAAUCAUUGCCUCUUCAAAACCCAAGAGUAUAUUUUCUUAUCGACCAAUGCAACCGGUAAAUUUCAGUCUUCCGAACGAGAAAGGCGUGGAAUUCUUUGAAGAAUCUAUGCGGGUCGGAGACAUUCCAAAAGAGAUGAACGAGUUUAAGAACAUCACAAUAGAGGUAAGAGUAAAAAUGAUUUUGUACUUGGGUUUUAGAAAGUCAAAGAAGAAUUCAAAGAACGUAUACAGUUCGACCAUCCUGAAUUGGGUAAUGACAUCUGGGGCACAAAGCACAAUCAGCUCAGUGUAGAGUAUCAUUUUAAGGAUGAUAAGGUAUGAAUAGCCAUUUAGCAUAAAAGUAGACAAAUUUUCCAAAGUUUUAGUAUAUUUUUCGUUUAUGCUUACGAGAUUAAAGUUAAAUUGCCUUUUAUUUUUCGUUAAAAUAAACAAAACUUUCAGCAAAUGGCACGUUGGCAAACGGGUUGCGAUUCAGACUGGGGCGAAGGAUUCAGUACAGUGAAACUGGAACGGACAGAACGUGGUACUGCCAUGUUUUCUGGUUAUCUCGACACAACUAUCCUCAAGAACGGUAGAAUCGAACGGGCUGGGUGGUGUACGAUGAAGAGUGUGGACAUAAGAGCACUGAACCGAAAGUCGUACAAGAGACACUGGUGCAACUAUAACCAACUCUUAAUAAAGUGCCGUGGGGAUGGUCGAUCGUACAAAGUCAUAUUAUACAUACCGGGAUCGAUCGAUGUUAACUGGGGCGACUGUUUCUCGUACCCUCUGCACACACACGGAGGGCCGUACUGGCAAUACUACCGGAUACCGUAUUCCCGAUUCUUCCAGACUAUUGGUGGGCGGAUUCUGGAUCAGCAGCAAGCUUUGCCGACGAAUAUGAUAAGGUAACUUUCAAGUUGUGGAUGUUUUCAAUACUUUCAUAUUAAAGUGCAAAAAGACACAAAAUUUUUUUACAAAAUUAUUUUAAACCGUGAUACCAAGGUAAAAUUGCAGUAACAUUGGUAUCGUACUCAUGGACAGGAUAGAUGGCAGGUUCAGCCUGGAGAUCGACUAUAUUGGAGUAGCGACAGACGUAACCCAUGACGAAGAACGGGCUUACGAGGCCUAUUCUAUACCUGUGUUCAAUACGAACAGUAUUUAG